AUAUAUAUAUAUAAUACAAGAAAACUUAGGUGGGUUAAGAAAUGAGGAGGGUUUAUGAUACAUUCUUGAUCGUUCUGUUAUGUCUAAUAGGAGGUGCUAUUGGUGAGCAAUGUGGUAAGCAAGCGGGUGGCCAGACCUGCCCUAAUAACCUGUGUUGUAGUCAAUUUGGGUGGUGUGGAGAUACUGAUGAUUAUUGUUCGCCGUCCAAGAACUGUCAAAGCAAUUGCAAGGGUGGCGGCGGUGAAAGUGCGUCCAAUGUCCGUGCCACAUAUCACCUGUACAAUCCACAAGAACAUGGAUGGGACUUGAAUGCAGUCAGUGCUUAUUGUUCUACAUGGGAUGCUAGCAAGCCUUAUUCUUGGCGAAGUAAAUAUGGCUGGACUGCUUUUUGUGGCCCGGCUGGUCCUCGUGGCCAGGCUUCUUGUGGCAAGUGCUUGAGGGUGACAAAUACAAGGACAGGAGCUCAAACAACAGUGAGGAUUGUGGAUCAAUGUAGCAAUGGAGGACUAGAUCUGGACGUGAACGUUUUUCGUACAAUAGACACAGAUGGAGAUGGAUACGCAAAAGGGCACCUCAUGGUGAACUACCAGUUCGUUGAUUGUGGUGAUUCUAUAAACAGCCCUAAACCUCUGCUCUCUAUCAUCGAUGAUCAAUAGACUAAAUGUAUGUCUAGCUGCAUAUGAUAAAGAUCUUAUAGCCAUGGGCUCUGUCAAUAAGCAUCAGGUGAUGUGGAGAGGUCAAAGUUUCAUUUAGCCAAGGCUGCGAUGAAUAAAUAUUACUGUCCCUCUAUUUUUCUUCUUA